AUGGAUGACAUUGAAGUUCCUCAGUAUUUCCUUUGCCCUAUAUCCCUCCAAAUAAUGAAAGACCCAGUGACAGUCAUAACAGGCAUCACCUACGACCGGGAAAGCAUUGAACACUGGCUAUUCACCAGCAAGAAAACCACAUGUCCGGUCAGCAAACAGGCCUUGCCAAAAGGCUCCGACUUAACCCCUAAUCACACGCUACGCCGCCUUAUCCAGGCCUGGUGCACCCAAAAUGCCUCGCAUGGCAUCGAUCGGAUUCCCACACCGAAACCUCCUCUCGACAAGUUUCAAGUCCUCAAACUGAUCAAGCAACUUCGUCAACCUCAAUUCCAGCUGAAAACCCUUAGAAAAUUGGAGUUGCUGGCAUCCGAAAAUGAUAAGAAUAGGAGUCAUAUGGUUGAAGCCGGAGUGCCUAAAGCCAUGUUGUUGUUUAUUGCGACACGUUUUAAGGAAGGCCAAACUGUUGGUCUUGAAGAAGCUCUUAGUGUACUUAACUCUAUCCCGAUUCCUUCUGCUGAAGCAAAGCAACUUCUUAUGGAAAACGAUCAUAUUAUCGAUUCUUUGACGUGGGUCCUUGGUUGCGAAAUGGAAAACCAAGAACUCACGGUGAAAUCCCAUGCGAUGAUAGUGUUGAAAACAAUCACCACAGAUCCGAGCUCACGUAUUCUCGAAAGAUUGGAACCCGAAUUCUUCAACACGAUUGCGAGAGUUUUAAAAAGUGGGAUCACUCGACAAGGAUCUAAUGCCGCUUUGAAUGUGCUAUUAGCUGCUUGUGCUUGGGGUAGAAAUCGAAUGAUGAUGGUUGAAGCAGGCACAGUUUUCGAGCUCAUCGAACUUGAGUUGGAGUUGCCCGAAAAGAGAACGACAGAGCUCAUUUUAGGAAUAUUAUUUCAUCUAUGUUCCUUACCCGACGGGAGAGCUCAGUUUCUGAGUCAUAGAGGAAGCAUUGCCGUGGUGUCAAACAAGAUCUCGAGGGUUUCACCGGCAGCCGAUGAUCGUGCGGUUCUGAUCCUUUCAAUAAUAUGUAAGUUCUCUGGGACAUAUAUGGUGAUUCAGGAGAUGUUGAAGGUUGGGGCAGUAUCAAGGCUUUGUUCAUUGCUCCAAGCUAACUGUGACACAUAUUUGAAAGGCAGAGUAAGGGAAAUCCUCAAGUCACACUCUGAUGAGUGGAAGGGUUCUCCUUGCAUUGGUGUUCCGCAAGAUCAAUAUUUUGGGUGAAA